AUGCUCUCUUGGCACAAAGCUAAUUCCAUUGGUUUGCAUCGGUACCUUCUACUUAGCUCGCAAUGCACCAAGACUGAGCCAACCCAAGUCACAGAGUCUCCUCAGCUUCCGAGUUUUGCUGCUGAGGAAGAAGAUGAUGGUUUUGUUAUCUCGCCUCUUGCUUAUUGGAUCAAAUCAUUGAGUCAAAGGUUCUCUUCGCCUGAGGUAGUAUCUCAAGCUCUCAAUCGACGUGGUUUAAUUUUAUCAAAUAGUUUAGUCCAACAGUUCUUAACGCGAUUUAACAAUGAGUGGGUCUUGGCUUUCGAUUUUUUCAUUUGGGGGCAAACACAAACAGAUUAUAAGCAUUCUCCAAUGUUGUAUAACUCAAUGUUUGAUAUCUUGGGGAAAGCGAGGAAGUUCCAGCUUUUGUGGGAUUUGAUUGAGGAAAUGAGCUGUUUGGAUGGGGGAAUUGAGAAGUUUGGCAUUAGCAAGGACAUAACAGCGCUGAACAUUCUUAUGGAAGCAUUGGUAAAGGAAAAUGGUAUUGAGAAUGCCCAAGAAGUUUUCUUGGAGUAUAAGGAUUCAAUACUUGUGAAUACACACAAUUUCAACCUAUUAAUACUAGGAUGGUGCAAGGCUAAGAAGUUUUAUAUGUUGGGUUUUAUGCCCUAA